GUCAGGCCCUCCAUUGAAACGAAAAGUAGGUCAGGAAAGCCGUAAUGGAUAACAGCGGAAUAUGUUGAAACUAGGAUAUUCAAAGCAAGCCUUAGCAGACAGUAACUAGAAAAAUGGAUGACAGUUUCUCACAAGAGACCCUAGAAUCAUCAUGCAUUUCCCAAACAAUCGAUGAAUUGACACAACUUCACCAAGUAGUUAGCUACUCAACUAGCCGGGCUAGUUCUUCUCAACAAAAUGUUGCAGGCAGUCACCAUGGCAAUGAAAGUAGCAGACACACUGUCACUCCACAAGAUCAUGUUCAAGGUCAUACAUCAACAAGUACAUUAAUGAACUAUCAACACAAUUCCUCAGUUGACACUGAAACUGCCAUUCACAUGCCAGAUGGGCAAGUCUUGACACCACACUAUGUCAUCGUUGAAGAUCCCAUAUCACUUCACAGUUAUGCCGACUUUUCAAGUCCUGGCAUAUUGCCAGGCUUCGGACUUUCAGAAGAAAAGGAUCAGCCUGUUGUUGUUGAAAAAGCAGUGCCCUCAAAUAGCUAUGAGAUUUACAUUACAACACAUGCAGAGCCUGGUACUGUUUCUUCAGCAACUGACAUGAAAACAACUGUAACUGAAGCUGCAAGUACCAGAAAGGAAACAAUACUCACUGUCCCAGUGAUAGACAUUCAGAAAUCACCAAAGAACCAAGUAUCAAGUAUAGAUGAAGAAAAAAGCAGAGGCAGUCAACGUUCUGUUACGUUAACUGAAGUGCGUGAACAGUUAAAAGAACAUUUAAGUAAAAAAGAAGCUGAAAGUCUUGGACUUCGCAGGUUGAAAGUGACUGCUGUGAAAGAGCAGAAAAAUGUUUUUGACAAUUCAGAAAGAGAUGGCAGUAAUAUACCAGCAACGUUAGCCACAAAUUCUAUAGAUACUGUUAAAAUUUCGCAAGUUAGUUCACUCGCAAACUCAGUAGAAGCAAGCACUAAUACUGAAGACGACAUGGCAUUAUUGAAAUAUGAUACUUCUGAUAAUGAACAGUUAGUAAAGAAACAAAAGACCCAAGAGAGGACAGCACAGGAGAAAACGUUUUCUGAAAACCUUGGUCUUAUUCCAGCAGAGAGUGAAAUAAAGAUUAAAGAAGAGAGGGCAAGGAAUGCAUCAAAAGGUGUAAGGACUCGUAAAAGUUUGGAGCUUGGAACUUUAAAUGCUACAGUGGAACCAGUUACUUUUCCUGGUGUGGCUAAAGUUAAGAAUAACAACAGAAGUGUUGAUGUCGAUUUUGAUGAAUCUGUGCCAUUGCUAGGACACAAACAUCGUCCUGGUUGUUACAGAUGUGGUUCAUGUACCAAGACAUUUAUGACGAUUUGUAAGUUGCAUGAUCACUUGCAAGACCAUUGUUUUGGAGGCUCAUAUCACUAUGACCACCUUUUGAAAACAGCAUUUCCAAAAUAUGACACCGCAUGUUCCUAUUCACAGACUAAUUAUGAAUUUGAUAAAGAUCAGGCUCAGAAAAUCUUAAAACCAAGAAAAGGUAAAUUAAGUGUUAAAUUUAAGGCACCAAAACUAAAAACAAAAACAACAGCUUUAAGGAACUUCGUACCUGUUGGUAAAAGAAAAAGAGGAAGACCUAGAAAAAUUCAGGUUGCGCAGGAAAAUGUUGAAAAUGACCCAGAUGAAGACAUGGAAAUUCAAAAUGAUUUCGCUGAUGGCAAUGAAGAACUAGUAUUAAAAGAAGAGCCAGUUAGUUAUAAUAUUGAUGGGACGCCAUUUGAUACUGAUGGUGAGUCUGAGUCAAAGAUGGAUGAAAUAGAUGAUAAAGUUGAAGAAAAGUUUGAAAAUAUGGAUGAUAACACAAAUGCUUCCAGCGAUUUUGUUGAUAACUAUCUGAAAAACCUUGAUGAUGAUAUUAACACAAUUGCUUCAAGUGAGCCUGAGAAGGAGAAGAAAAAAACACGUAAACGAAAAAGUAGCAUUCCGAGAAAAAUUAUGGUUAAUUCUGAAUCGGAAGAUGGUGAGAAAAUAGUUAACAGUAGAAUAAAACCAGAGAUGAAGAUAACCUGUGAAUUUUGUCCAAAUAAGUUUCAAUACACACGCGGGCUCAUUCGGCAUGAACAAGAGAAGCAUGCAGACCAAAUGAAAUAUAAUUGUGAUGAGUGCAACCAGAAAUUCAUGCGUGAGUAUAAUUUGGAGCGGCAUAAGCUUUGCUCGCAUACAGUUGGAAAAUCUAAGUUUAUACAGCAAAGAAAAGGAAUUUAUCGUGAAAAGAAGAAACCUGGACGUAGACCAUUGGAAAAAUCCCCAGAGUCAACAACGCCUUGUGAAAUAUGUGGAAUUGACGUGCCAUCUUCAAAGUUGGAUAUUCACAUUCGUUUACACACAGGUGAACGUCCCUACAUUUGCCAUGUAUGUGGGAAGGGUUUAAUCAGUGACAAGAAACUGAAGCGCCAUCUGUUGAUACAUUCCGAGGUGCAACGUCAUACGUGCGAUGUGUGUGGACAAGGCUUCUCAAUGAAGUACAAGCUGCGGACACACAUGUUUGUGCAUACUGGUCACAAGCCGUAUCUGUGCUCAGUGUGUGGAGCUGAGUUCAACAACAGCACCUCCCUUCUGCACCAUAAUCGUACUGUACACCUGGGUGACAAGCGGUACGAGUGUACAAUUUGUGGGGGGCGGUAUGGGAAGAAGUCCCAACUUGAAGAACACAUGUUCAGUCAUUCCAGCGAGCGGACCCAGACAUGCAAGUACUGUGGCAAGUCAUUUAAGCAUGCCAAAAGUUUACGUCGUCAUGAAUUUACGCACGUCUCCAACCAGAAGUUCCAAUGCGACCAGUGUGAAAGUAAAUUUUCCCGCAAAGACAAUCUUGAACGACACAAGAUGUGUCACUACGAGGCAACUCUUCAGUGCAGCUUUUGUAAAAAGAAGUUCCGGGAACGUCAGCCACUUCUUGAACAUGAACAAUUUCAUGUUAAUCAAAGAAAGAACACAUGUCAGAUAUGUAAGGAACGAUUUCAAGACGAGACUUAUUUCUUAAACCAUAUGGAAAAGAACCAUGGCAUAACUCGCGACAUGGUUCCUAUGAUUAAUGCCCUUGCAAUCUCUCCAGUAAAGGAGGCAAAGUCUAGGAAGUCUGGAGGAGACCAAGCAAAUCAAAGUUUGAUAAUUGAUCCAAUAAAAGCUUCAGCUUCUUCAGAUGAUGACCACUUGGGAUUGUCUGCUCCACAGUCUACGUCAAUAGACACGCUAAACCUCAGUAUGAGUGUAGCGGGAAUCUUACCAACCUCAGAACAAGAUCUUGGAAAUGGUUCCCAAUCAAACAUGCAGUCUGGUUCCCUUUCUCUGAGCAACCUAACACAGCAAGUAUUUAAUGUUGGUACAAAUACACCAGGUAUGAACAUGAAUGUUUCUCGCGGGAUUUUUAACCAGGCAGGGAAUGCUAGCAUUGUUUCGAGUGGGGGCGUCUUUCCGGGGAUGAGCGAAGUGCAGAGAAUAGCUCUGAAUGUCAUGAAUGCCGGACUUGAUCAAUCAGGGGCUGGGUUAGCUCUUCCUUCAGAUAAUGUGUUGAUGCCUGACCAACAAAGAAUGAUUCAGGAUGUCGUAGGUCCUGGUCUUCCAAAUAUGCAAGGUCAGGGUUACCGAUUGCAAAACCUUUUUAAUCAGUAACUGAUUUAUGUACUUCCUGCAAGAAUAUAAGCAUUUCUUUAUAAAUUAGAAAGACUGUGUCAAAAUUCAUAGUAUUUGUAAGUACUUAAUUGCAAGAUAUGUAGAAUAUUAAAAUACAAUACAUGUAUUUGUAAAUGUUCAUUUGUAAAUAUUUAUAUACUAGAUAAUGUGACCUAGAACCUAGGGUUGUGGUGAUUCCAGUCUUUUGAAAGUUAAUAAUAGGGGCUAUUUGGUUUUUGAUGUGAUAAUUCUCUUUUUAGCUCGACUAUUCAUAGAAUAGUAGAGCUAUUGGACUCGCCCAUGCGUCGGCGUCCGCGUCGGCGUCCGCGUCCCAAUUUGGUUAAGUUUUUGUAUGUAAGCUGGUAUCUCAGCAACCACUUGUGGGAAUGGAUUGAAACUUCACACACUUAUUCACUGUGAUAAACUGACUUACAUUGCACAGGUUCAAUAACUCUGUUUUGCUCUUUUACAAAAUUAUGCCCCUUUUUUGACUUAGAAAUUUUUGGUUAGGGUUUUGUAUGUAAGCUGGUAUCUCAGUAACCACUUGUGGGAAUGGAUUGAAACUUCACACACUUAUUUACUGUGAUAAACUGACUUACAUUGCACAGGUUCCAUAACUCUAUUUUGCUUUUUUACAAAAUUAUGCCCCUUUUUCGACUUAGAAUUUUUUGGUUAAGGUUUUGUAUGUAAGCUGGUAUCUCAGUACUCACUAAUGGGAAUGGAUUGAAACUUCACACACUUGUUCACUGUCAUGAUCUGACAUGCACAAAGCAGGUCCCAUAACUUUAUUUUGCUUUUUUACAAAAUUAUGCCCCUUUUUCAACAUAGAAAUUUUUGGUUAAGUUUUUGUAUGUAAGCUGGUAUCUCAGUAUCCACUAAUGGGAAAGGAUUGAAACUUCACACACUAGUUCACUGUCAUGAUAUGACAUGCAGUGCAAAGGAUCAAUAACUCAACUUUGCAUUUUACAAAAUUAUGCCCCUUUUUCAACUUAGGAGUUUUUGGGUUGAAUUCUUAUAUGUAAGCUGGUAUCUCAGUACCCACUAAUGGGAAUGGAUUGAAACUUCAUACACUUGUCCACUGUCAUGAGCUGAUAAGCACUUUGCAGGUUCCAUAACCCUAUUUUACUUUUUUACUAAAUUAUGCCCCUUUUUCGACUUUCUUAUUCAUUCAAGCGACAAGGCUGUUAAAUAGUCAAGCGUUGCUGUCCUCCGACAGCUCUUGUUUUAUAUCUUAUAAUUACGCUACCCUUAGAUGGAUUCUGGUACAAGCCAUAUUUUGUUGUUUUAUGUUAAUUACAGGAUGUUUUUGUUGAAGAUUGUUCUACCUAGGUGAAAUAUGUACACUUUUUUAAGUAUUUAAAAUAUUUACACAUAUUACAGAGUUUGUCCCUAUGUAUUUAUUUGUUACUAUAUAAUAUUAUUUGGAAUUAACAAUCAUUAUUAUGGUAUUUUUAUUUUACAAAUAGAUAUUUUUUUAACCAAUCAGUAUGAAAAUAGAUUUAUGUAAAUUCAGUUGAUUUAUAUGGUUUACAUGUAAUGUGAUAAUUAUUACAUUUUGAAAAACCAGUUGACCUAUUUAUUGUGUAAAAAUUAUAAGGUGUUUAAACAAAUAAGAGAAAUACUUUUUGACAGACAAUUGACUGAUUGCCAAUAAACUGAAACUGAUCAUGUUUUGACAAAGAUUGCCUUGAAGCAUUGAUAUGUCAGUGAAAACAAUAGAAAAUAUUUACAGCAAUAAAACAGUCUGGUUGUUUUUUUAGUUUGUGCAGUGAACAAAACUGUUAUUUACUCCACUGAAAGUUAUUGUACUAGACCCAGAUUUUUUAUUCAAAAAUAUAUAAACAGUACCUUAUAAUUACUAUACAGUUUCUGAAAAUAUUAAAUUAACAGGUUUAACAUAGUAAACACUUAAUACAUGUAUAGUAUGUAUAAAUGUGGACUACCACUAAACAACUGGAAUUUUUUUUUAAUGACUUUCUCCAUGAGAUUAAAUUAUUGUUUUGCACAAAUGUACCCCAUGAUAGGACGAUGUGUCAUGCACAACUUCCAGAUCACUAGCUUAAAGGUAAGGUCACAUUUGGCAUUCAGAUGUUUACAUGGCAUGAACAGGGUCUGUUUCGUGUCCAGUCCAUAACUCUGUCAUCCUUCAAAGGAUACUAGUAACAAAUUUUAUUUGGCAUAAAUGUUCCCUAUAAUCAGGUGAGGUGUCAUGCAAUAAGAAAGAACCCUAGCUCAAAGGUCAAGGUUAGACUCGGAGGUCGAAGGUCAGUAGGGUUAUUUUUCCUAUACAUGUAUUUGGCUGAAUUUUGGCCCUUUUUAGACCUGGAAAUCAGUGAAGUUUUUCGUACCAGUCCAUAUUUUGUGUAAACUGUUUGACUGUUAGACAUACUGGUUGGGAACCAUUUUCCGGACACAUUUUCAUAUUUUGGCUCCAUUAUUCCCUAAAAAAAAUAUUUGACAUAAAUGAAGCCCACACUGCACAAACUUCAGCUCCUUCGCAUCCGAUGUUGUAAUCAGCAUCGCUUUGUGACGUAAAACAUGGGUUCUAUGGGGCCUCAAAUGGGGUCACUAAAAAAAGUUAUUUUCCCCGUAAGGUAAACCAGUAUCCGGACAACUAUUUUGACGGUAUUUUGCUGUUAAUUUGAUAUCGAAAUAAGUAAUUAAACUAUUUUUACACAUUUCUUCAUCAUUCAUCUCUUCAAAAAAUGUACGUGUAACAUAACCUGACGUUCAAUAGCAGCGAUGAAAGCAAACCGAAGUUGACAAUAAAAAUUUCGAAUUUCGUCUAACGCGAAUUCUUGAUAAUUCCAAUAGAUGUAGAAUAAAAUUAGUGCAAAAAUCGACAGCCCUGCAUUUUGUGUAACUAUCACCGUGAAAUUUUAAGUAGCAAAUGUUAUCAGCAGACAAUCAAUAUGAAGUUUAAUUAUUUCUUCCCCACUUGAUACCUCGGCAAGUGUGAACUACUGCGCAUGCGCAAUGCUAUCUUCAUGCCCCCUUAAGACAGAAAGUUGUUUUGUAAACACAGGUGAGUUAUCAUCAUAAAAACUAACAUAAAACAGUUUUGUAAUAUAGUGGUUUGUUGUAGACAUGAAGAACAAACACCUUAAUGAUCUAGAUAAAACAAUAAUAGGAAUAACAACAAAAUAAAGCGGAUAUUACAUGUGUCCGGAAACUGGUCCUGUCCGGAAAACGGUUCCCAACCAGUACGGCUUUGAAACUUUGACCACUGAUAACCAUCAUAGUCUUCAUAUGUAGGUUCGACUACAUAACUAGGACAAGGGUUUUGGCUCAGUUAUGACCCUUUAUGGCAUAGAAUUUAGUUAAGCUUUGCCUAUUCUUCAAGUAGUGGAGCGCACAGCUUUUGUUUUUAUAUUUAUAGAUGUUAUAAGCAAUAAACAACUGUAGAUGUUUAUAUAUGCAAAUUUUAAUCCUUACAUUGUGUUAUAACAUAUUGUAUAUAGUACAAUAUUGUUUAUAGGUCAUCGACAGAUGCCAAAUCAUUAUAUUAUAAUGCAGUAGAGAAAAUGAGUUGCCUUCCAGAAGUUCCAGUAGGGGACUUUUUUCUUUCUUUCCUUUCCUAGUAAGUUUGUUACAAAGUUGUUGAAAAUCAGGGUUCUAGCGGUUUUGAUUUGUGUGUUUGAAAUUGCAACAUCAUAAAAUAUCUUUUUAAUAAGCUUUACUGUCACUUUUAGUCUGUUGUUUUUAGUAUGUUUCAAAUGAUAUAAAUUACUAUAUAGUUUAAGGUUACAUAAAUUUACCUUAUUAUGUUAAGAAUACCAAUUUGUCCAUGAUUCAAACUGAAUUAUUUUAAAACUAAACAAUUGUUCUGUUUGAUUUUUGAAAUUCCUGUACAAAUUAGUAAAAACAUUCAGUAAAAUAAAGUGCUUUGGCAGGAUGGUUUAUUUCUAAGUGUUCAUUCCGAAUCAGGCUUUGUUAAUAAUAACUAAAAAGUUCACCUGUAACUAUCAAAACAGAGGUAACAAAUUGUUUUUCCAUUUUUAAAUCACUUCAGUGUUUUCAUAAUAAUGCUUAGUACAAAAAAUAUAGUUGUGACAUGUACAUGGCUCAUGUGUAAAAAGCAAUACAUAAUUUUUGUCUGUGUUUUAUUCUGUUAAAAUUCUGUUUUUAGCUCAUCUCUUUGAAGAAUAGGUACAGUUAUUGCACUCACAUAUUCAACAGCGUCCACAUCUGGAUCAAGGUAAUGGUUCAGUUCUAGUUUGCAAGUUGGUACCUCAGCAGUCACUAAUUGGAAUGGAUUGAAACUUCACACACAUGCUGAAACCAAAGAAUUUCUUUUCUUUAUAUAUGUAUGCUUUAUUAUAUUUAAAAAGACCUUGUCUGGUGUUAUUUUUGUGGCCAUUAGAAUUAAGGUCACUGUUAGGCCAAGGUCAAUAUGACUAAAACUGGAAAAUGUUUGAAAAAACUGGUAUUAACAAGUGUCUGAAAUUAAAAUUUAACUGCAAAAAUAUCCCCAAAGUAAGGAUCUUAUGUUUCAUUGUAUUGUUCACAAUGGGUUUUACAUUAUAUAUGAUUGUGAUUUUUCAACAGUUGUUAAAGGUCUUGUUUUUUUUUCAUUCUUGUAUAUUUAAGUAUGACUGUUAUGUAUAAUUGAGUGGCACCAUGAGAAAACCAACAUAGUGCGUUUGCGGCCAGCAUGGAUCCAGACCAGCCUGCGCAUCCACGCAGUCUGGUCAGGAUCAAUGCUGUUCUCUUUCAAAGCCUAUUGCAAUUAGAGAAACUGUUAGCAAACAGCAUGGAUCCUGACCAGACUGCACGGAUGUGCAGGCUGGUCUGGAUCCAUGCUGGUCGCAAACGCACAAUGAUGGUUUUCUCAUUGCGUGACUUAUAUCAUUGUUUUUUUUUUGGGGGGGGGGGGGGGGUUUAAUACAAGUUGCAGAACCAGCAAUAAUAGAAGAUUGUUUCUCAAAGUUAACUUUGAUGAAACUUAAUAAUUUUUUAUGCAGUAUUUUUUUCUGUUACAGAUAAAAUCUUGUUUCCAAUGUACAUGAAGUAUUCAUUGUCAUCAGGUUUUGAUUACCAUUAUAUUUACUGGUGUUAAACUGAAUAAAAGUGCCUCAAAUAGA